GCGGACGUCCGAGGCAUGUCCAGCUGCCGACCCCCUCCUCCACGGCGGCGCCUUCGUCCCCGGCGAUGCACGGCAGCAGCCCACUACAGGACGGUGAAGAUAGGGGACAAGAGCUGCUCGCUGCAGCCGCUUGUCGGCGGCCCCAACGGCCUCGUCCCCUGCCAAGAUGAUAAGCCGCGAGAUGGCGGUGCCGCCGAUGGCCAGCCGCAGGACGAGACCAGGGACAAUAGGCCCCUGAUCGACAAUAACACCGUGCAGACGCUGUCCAGCAAGGACAUCGAGGCGAUGAAGCGGGAGGAUGCCAGCGGUGACUCCAUCGUGGAGGCUUUGAUAGCAAAUGGCUCCACAUUUGGAAAUAAGACAGUGUUCUCAGAGAAAUACAAGCUGAAGGAACAAAACAAAUAUGCGCCUAAAGUGCUUUUGCGGCGCCCCUCUACCCGAAGGUUUAUGUGAGUUGAUGCGCUCUCCCUCUUGUUGUCUAUGGCAAUUGUUGGUGCAUAUUCAGAUGUGCUUGCCGUUGAUAUGGUUGGGGGUUUAGUUGUUGGAGCUGUAUCUGAACACUUAGGAGGGAUUUGCGCGGUGGAGACAGCUAUCCAUUUGUGCGGUCAUUGGAUUAGUAAACAGAGAGGGGGGAGGGAGGGAGCAAUGGACAAGAAGGCAACAAAGAUGAAGAUGCUCUCGUCGGCAGCGGCUUUUGUGGAGGGUGGCGUGCAGGACACCUUCGACGACGCCUGCAUCAUCUGCCUUGAGAACUUCUGCGACAGCGAGCCCUCCGAUAGCGACCUCUCUCUUGCGGAUGUAAUGGUGAUUGGCGAUGGAAAUCUUUUGAUUUGGUGGUAGACGUGUCGGAAGUUGAAGCUGUUCUGGUUCUUGUUUUGAAUUGUCACAGGUUACAAGCUGCAAGCAUGAUUUCUUUCUCCAGUGCAUCCUUGAGUGGUGAGGACCAUGCUUUCUUUUCUUUGCAAUUUCCCCUCAAAUUCUUUGACCACUUGAUUAGAAAUUUAGAAUGAUAUUGCCUGAAACUAUCAUACAAGUACGCAUUUUGCUGUUGUUAGUUUGUUCAUUGGCCUUGGCUUUAUUUAAAAGUGUAUGUUUCAUGGGCCUUGGCUUUAUUUAAGAGAUACCUUGCCGGCUCUUUUUUUAAAAGCUAAAGGGACUAUCUGAUUUGUUCUCUCUGGUCUGCUACCACCCCUUUUUCUUGGGCUUUGGUCUGCUACAUUUGGCCUGAUAUUCUUCUUUGGUGUCCACAUGAGAAAAAAAGGAUGCCUAUGAUCAAAUAGCAAUCACUUAUUUUUCUAGGUUGUAUAGAUUUCUUGAAUUGCCUGCAGUAUACUUCUUUGUCAACUAAUAUAUGUCUCCCUGACAAUUUCAACAAAUACCAAGGAUAUGGUUAGGCGCACAUAUGCUUGUGUUUACGACGACACCUGCACCAGUCGUCAUAGUAGUUGUUGUUGCCCCCCCCCCCCCUCCAAACUCCCUUCUCUGGGUGAGAGAUCCCUCUCCUUUCCUUUCUAUUUGUUGGGUUUCGCUUUGUGCCAUCAUUUGAUUGGUUGAAUGACACAGGAAGAAAGUGAGAACAGAGUGCUUCUCUCCUAAGUUAUACUUGUAUGUCUAAAUUUUUCUCAAAUGACAUGACACUCAGUGUCCUGCAUGAUAUUUUCACACAAACAUGUUAAUUGUUUUGCAUAUAUUGGUGAAGUUUAAUUCAGCUUUAGAAAUGAGGGCAUGCAAUACAUGUUGUGUGCAUUUGAUUUCAGAAUGUUGUUAACCCGCCUGCAUGACAAUCGUGUGGUAGCUACAUGUAUGUUAGAUUGCUGGACAUCUGAAGGAGCUUGAAUAGGUAUUUCACCAUCUUAUGCAACACCGUUGCGUAUCUACACCUAUAUCGUGUUUAUUAACUAAACGUUCUUCCAUGUGAAACUCACUAGAUCUUUGGUAUGUGUUUUCCUCCAAUCCUUGCUUAACUGUGUGAUGUUGAAUCAUUUAAAAUGGAUGUUGAAUCCUACAUGCUAUGCUAUGUCGUGCUGAUUUAUAAUUUGAUUUCCUAUUAUUGUUGGCAAGCUCUUGCUCGCAGUUCACAUUAUAUGAUUGGUAUUUUGUGUAUGACAUGGUGCGGAUUUCCUAGCUUCUUCAAGAAUGUCCGCUUGGUUUCUCCUAAUUUUCUAAAUUCUUUCUUCGGUGACUUAUGUAAUUCAUGAAUGUGUGUCACUCGUCAUGUUAGUUUAUGCCUUUUGCUUGGGUUUUGGAUCUAUUAAUUGGACUAAUUAGUAGAUUUAACUUACUUAAUAUUUAGAUAGCAUCUUAGGACUGUUGUAUGUCUGUGAAACUGUGAGUAGAAACACUUGAAAUUUGAUGUUUUGCUGGCUACCUAUUAUUGCAGUUAUAGAAGGUCAUGAAUGACCUGUGAAACACUUGGGCACACCAAAGACAAGACAAGCAGCAGCGGCGACGCCAGACCAGUCACCCCCGCACCUCCAGUUUUCCUUCAGGGUAACUAACCACUGGCAAAUGCUUCUGUCAUUUCUUUCGCUUGUGAUUCCUCUCGUUGGGACCAUGGUUGUUGCCUUUCCCUCUGCCUGUAAAAUCGUACUGCAGAGGCAUCUAGCACCCACCAUGAACAUCGGUGUGAGGUCUUCGAUCGAGGCUCCCCUGGACCAGCAUCGUCUGCUAGCGCACGCGUGCCUGCUUAUGUGUAGAUUGACUGAUCUAGCCUCCACCUAAAUUUCCUGCAAUUACGAUUCAGCAAGAGAUCAUAGGUAGUCUAAUUUGUUUUCCCAAAACCUGAGUUCAACGAUGGAGUUAGAUACAGAUUAUCCAUAUGCAUAUUUUGUCCAUAUUACUGUCCUGAACAGAUAGCCUGAUUGUUCCACUUAAUUUAGGUCACUAAUUACAUGCAAAUAGUCCUACACUAUACGUCUAAUUUUUCUGCAAUUGCUUCAUUAGAUAGCCUGAGUGUUCAAAAAAUUGUUCUAUACAUUGUCUUUGUCUUCCCUGAUUUUAAUUAACCCUGUUGAGCUUCUUUAUGACGUAGGCUGAGCCUUGUGUUGGGAGGAUCCCAGGCCGAAUGAUGCUUGAUCUCCUUUUGGAGGAGCUUAUGUUUACCGCAGCCCGUUAUAGUCGAAGGGGCUGUUUAAGUAACACCAUGAGUUCAUUUACUGGUGUUCGAUCCUCCGAUGAGGCAGCGGCGGAAGACUUGCCUUUUUGAAGCCAUCAGGACCAUCGAAAAUGCCACAAGCACAGUGGUCAAAGAUCUGAGUUAUGGACGCUUAAACAAGAUGGAACAAGACUUUGGUUAUCUAAGGCUCAGGCUCAAUGAAGCAUUUGACACAAUAGACAUGGUUGCCAAAGGAUAUUUGUAUGCUAUAAGAUACAUGCCAGCUUUCUUACACCAGCUUCAUAAUGUGAUAGCACAUGCUUUUCCUCCUACUCGUGUUGUGGACAAGUCAACAAAUGAGGCUCUCAAGAAUAUUGAGGUGGUAGCUCAUAAUCUCAGGACAGAAGCAAUAGUCUUGAGAACAAGCUAUAUGUGAGAAGGCAGAGUCAAGCGCGUGAACAUGAGGUAUUUGCACCUGUGGCUUUCUUUGGUCGUGACGUUUAAGAUAAGCGCGUGAACAUGCGUAGCUUGAUUUCGGACUAAAUCCUUUGUAGUUGCGUGGACCAACUUCUAUAUACUAAAUAUGUAUAGCUUGCUUUUGAACUGAACCUGUUGUUUCCUGAACCAAUUGCUAUGUAUUGAAUGUGUAUAUAUCGAUGCAAUGCUUCAAAUAUAAACUUGGUAUAUUAGAUUGAUAAAUAUAACUAAAUUAUGUUAUUUUUAUA